AUGUCUUUAGCAUUUUCUAUUGCGACUAUAGUCCUGAUCUCGGAAUUUGUACUUUGGUUUGGGUAUUCUUCACUCGCGAGUUUGGUAUAUACCAUUUAUUUAAAUACUUUUCAAAAAGAAAUAUUAAUAAAGCAAAGAAAGAUUAAAAAGGAAAUAUUAAAUGUUAAACAUGACUUGGCAAGAACCAGCUCACAGGAUCAAUUCGCUAAAUGGGCUAAAUUGAGACGAAAAUUAGAUAGCAAGUUAUCCGAAUUGGAAAAACUCACAACAUCUUUAGGCUUCUUAAAAACAACUUUUGAAAUAAAAUGUACUACAUUUUUAUGGGCAAUUAUAAAUGGUUCACAAACCCUUAUGGUUCUUUGGUAUUUUUCUACUCCAGUAUUUUAUCUUCCGGAUAAAUGGUUUAGUCCUGUUACUUUCACGUUAUCACUUCCAUUUGCACCAUCAGGAUCUGUAAGCGUUCUUGUUUGGUUUCUAGUAUGUCGUAAAGUGUUAAAAAGGGUUAUAAUAACAUUUCCAAUAUAUCAUAAAUAUGUUCCUGAUAUAGUAAAGAAGAAUGUUACGGAAUUCUUUCAUUGGUGUAACAAUAAAUUAGGAAUAAAUUUACCAUUUGUUGUAGAAGAAUCUGGACCCAGGAUUUCUGGUCUUGUUUUAGAACAAUUGUUGAGUUAA